UCGACCAGGUCGACAUCGGGGUAGAAUCCUGUCCUCAUCAUCGACGACCCUUUCCACCAUCACACCAUGUUGCGUCGGUCGCUUGCCCGCUUGCCCAAACCGACUCUCAGCCAACAAUUCCAUUCCUCGGCGUCCGUGAGUCGCAUCGCCGCGACUCGACCAGUGCGGGCGCAGGAAGUCAAGACUUGGGGACCGACUGCUGGCAAGUACCCGCUCAUUGAGCAUGAGUAUGAUGCUAUUGUGAUAGGUGCUGGAGGCGCCGGUCUUCGAGCCGCAUUUGGGCUGGCAGAGGCAGGAUUCAACACGGCGUGUAUCACCAAGUUAUUUCCGACAAGAAGCCACACAGUAGCUGCCCAGGGCGGUAUCAAUGCUGCGCUCGGUAACAUCACCGAGGAUGAUUGGAGAUGGCAUAUGUAUGAUACUGUGAAAGGCUCCGAUUGGCUGGGCGAUCAAGAUGCUAUCCACUACAUGUGCCGCGAGGCGCCAGCUACCGUUGUGGAGCUCGAACACUUCGGUGUCCCUUUUUCCCGCACCAAAGAAGGAAAAAUAUAUCAGCGUGCUUUCGGUGGCCAGUCGCUGAAAUACGGCAAAGGUGGCCAGGCUUACCGCUGUGCUGCGGUGGCGGACCGGACUGGCCAUGCCCUCCUUCACACACUCUAUGGUCAAUCGCUGAAACAUAACACUCAGUUUUUCAUCGAAUUUUUCGCUCUGGAUUUGAUCAUGCAUGAAGGGCAUUGCGUCGGUGUCAUUGCCUUAAAUAUGGAAGACGGAACUUUACAUCGUUUCCGUGCCCAUAAUACUGUGUUGGCUACGGGGGGUUAUGGUCGCGCCUUUUUCAGCUGCACUAGCGCACAUACGUGCACUGGAGAUGGUAAUGCGAUGGUGACGCGCGCUGGUCUCCCUCUUCAAGAUUUAGAGUUUGUCCAAUUCCACCCUACUGGAAUCUACGGGGCGGGGUGCCUGAUUACCGAAGGUUCGCGUGGUGAAGGCGGAUACUUGUUGAAUGCGGAGGGUGAACGCUUCAUGGAACGCUAUGCACCAACCGCAAAAGAUUUGGCCUCUCGUGAUGUAGUGUCACGUAGUAUGACCAUUGAGAUUAGGGAGGGCCGUGGCGUUGGGCCGGACAAGGACCAUAUUUAUCUGCAGCUCAGUCAUCUUCCGCCCGAGGUCCUUCACGAGCGACUACCUGGUAUUUCUGAGACUGCUGCUAUUUUCAGUGGGGUGGAUGUCACGAAGGAGCCCAUCCCGGUGUUGCCCACGGUUCACUAUAACAUGGGAGGGAUUCCCACCAAGUUCACUGGAGAAGUGCUAACAGUCGACAAAAAUGGCGAAGACCAGGUCGUGCCUGGUCUGUACGCUGCGGGCGAGGCUGCUUGUGUCUCUGUUCAUGGCGCCAACCGUUUGGGAGCUAACUCUCUGCUGGACAUCGUGGUAUUUGGACGUGCUUGUGCUCAUCACAUCAAGGAAACACUGGAACCUGGCAAAUUGCAUGCAACGAUCCCUGCGGAUGCGGGAAUGGCAACCAUCGAGCACUUAGACCAGAUUCGCAAUUCUAGUGGCACGAAACCGACCGCUCAGAUCAGGUUGGACAUGCAAAAAACCAUGCAGUCUGAUGCUGCUGUGUUCAGAACUCAGCAGUCCCUCGAUCAAGGAGUGGCGAAGAUGGCGGCGAACUACCAGACGUAUGCUGAUGUUGGCAUUAAAGACCGGAGCAUGAUCUGGAACUCGGAUCUAGUGGAAACGUUGGAGCUGCGGAACCUGCAGCAGAACGCAAUCCAGACUGUUGUUGCUGCUGCGGCACGUAAGGAGAGCCGCGGGGCUCAUGCCCGUGAAGAUUUCCAAGAGCGGGACGAUGAACACUGGAUGAAGCAUACGCUCACGUUCCAGAGGGACCCAGCCAAACCUGAUGUCGAGAUCAGGUAUCGGAAGGUCAUCGGAACAACCUUGGAUGAGAACGAGUGCAACCCUGUGCCGCCUUCCAAGAGAACGUAUUGAUCUAGAGCGAAAAUGAAGAUCCUGCAAAUGGCUCAAGGCCAAAAACGAUGGAGAUGAAAGUGGUAGGACAGCAGAUACAUCGCGGGCUUCAAACAAUUUUACAGAUAGCUCUUAUGAGUUGUAGGCGUCAUUGUGUAUGAUUUGAUGCGAGUCGUUAUUCCAUAUGAUGACUCACUC